UUUGGUUCGAGGCCCACAAAACAGGCAGUGUCCGAAUUUAGGAGGACUUCCCGAAUUUCAUGCAUAUAGAAACAUCAGUGCAAAACCCUAUAGACGGACGAUAAUCCCAGUAGAAUACGAUAAUUCCUGCAGAAUCCGAAGAGAUCAGCCAAAUCCAUGAAUAAGUUGUUAUUUUACGUGUAAGUAACAAUUCCAACUUCUUUGGGGACCCAGGUAGUAGCUUCUUGCUCCUAGUAGUACGGCCAGGAGCCCCUAGUAGCGUCCUUGCUCCUAAUAGCGAUGGCCUCCACCCCUAGCGAUGGCCUCCAACCUAAUAGCGAGAGUUUGAACCCGAAUGCAGGUGACCUUCAUCAACGGUGCGCUUUGCUUUGGAGAGGACCCCGCCGAGCCACCGUGCCGCGCGCGAUCAAGCGCACGCUGGCACGAUCCACACGCUGUGCCUCGCACCCGGCAUCGCACCGCUGGUCCAUACCACCAGGCCUCGGUGCUCGAAGUGGCUGGAGCUGGGGCUGGUGCCGAUGAGGCACCGAAAGAAGAUGCUAAGACACAGCCGGCAUUGCAAGACAAGACGGUGCGGCAGUGGGAAGCGCUCCAGUCAUCCGAGUUCGCGCAUUUGCCGCGGCUGCCAGCCCCGUGGCUGAGAGUGCGAUCGAGGAGCGACGGAGGCAUCUACUUCUACAACAAGGAGACGCGGAAGGCCAGUUUUGUCGAACCACGAGCACCUGCCCCACAUGCGCCGCUUGCGCCGCCUCGGCCGGCACCUGAACCUGUGGCAACUACUACACCAGUGCCGACACCGGCAGCAACAUCAAACAAUUCUUUGCCGCCAGGUUGGACGCAGCACACCUCCAAAAGCAAUGGGAAGGUUUACUACUUCAACAAGGAGAAGAACGUGUCGAGCUACUACUUUCCGCGCUCCUGAGAAAGAGCUGAAUUGCGCACCAGGAGGGUCCAAAGGGUGUGAGAAAAUGAUGUUUCGGG